AUGUACGUCUUCUCUUUUUCGGUUCUUCUUUCCCUUCUAACAAUGCCGAUGCUUCCACCAGUUGCAAAUGCGCUUAAACGGUCUGAAACUGGCGCUGAGGAGACUUCUGAGCAGGAUGCGGCUAAGAGAACCAAAGUGAUCGAUAUGGCUCAAAAAGUCACCCGUCAAAUAAUUAGCUCUGCUAAUGCUCCAGGAGCCAUCGGACCAUACAGCCAAGCCGUUCGCGCCGGAAACACUAUCUACCUCUCCGGAUCUCUGGGAUUGGACCCAAAAACCGGUGAUUUGAAGGAGGGAAUCGUUGAGCAAACCCACCAAAGUCUCAAGAAUAUCGGAGAGGUUCUCAAGGCAGCCGGAGCCGAUUAUGGACAUGUCGUGAAAACCACGGUUCUUCUCCAAAACAUUUCCGACUUUGCCACCGUGAACGAGGUCUACGGACAAUAUUUCAAGGCUCCAUAUCCAGCUCGUGCCGCCUAUCAAGUCGCCGCUCUUCCAAAGGGGGGACUUGUUGAGAUUGAAGCCGUCGCCAUCGCUGGUGAAAUUGAAGAAGUUCAAAAUUAA